GCCACUGGCUCCCCCACCUUUUUCCCCCCCUCCAUUUUCCGCAUCCACUCCCGCUCCACAUCGACGGUCGCACAUCGCCUGUCGCUUAGCAUCGACGGCUGCUAAGCACCGUUAGCCGAUUCUAACCGAAUCUCUUCCAUCUCCACCAUUUCACCGCAUCCCCAUCCUCCUCUUCGCAUAAUCUACGCCUCUCCGCAUUCGACGCUUCUACCCUCAUUCUAGUCACACCUGUCAUGCUCCACGCCAUGGCGACUCCACAAACCGUUUUCCGCCUCGCUUUCUCCCGCGCGUCCCCCGGAUCCGCCUCCGAGAUCGCCGGAACCGCGAUCCGAUGCUUCGCCGCGAAGGCCGGAGGCGAGAAGGCGGCGGCGGGAGGCGCCGAGAAGCCGAAGGCGACGCGGAAGCCGAAAGACGACAGUCCGAAGCGGCCGAUGUCGCCGUACAUACUCUUCGCGACUCAAGAGCGACCUAAAGUGGUUCGCGACAAGCCUGACCUCGGCUUCGCUGACGUCGGCAGGGCCAUUGGCGAACGGUGGCGAAGCCUCUCAGCGGGGGACAAGGUGAAGUUUGAGGAGCUAGCCCAGAAGGACAAGCUGCGCUAUGCUGCUGAGCUGGAGGCUUACAACAAAAGCAAGGGCACGAAAUAAAGGGGGAUUCUGUAUGAAGGGUUAGCUAUAAAGGAGGUGGUCUUGGGAUGGGAUGCUUCGGAAGUGGGAGCACGUCCGGCCCGGGCCUGGCCUUCAACAGAGCAAACAGAUUAGUUCGGUCCGGUCCUGAGGGAUUAUGCUUUGCCAUUUCCUGUUCUGGUUGUUGUGGUUGGAAGUUGGAUUGUGUAGGUGGAUGCACAGACACGCAACCUUCUGCUAGUAUGACAACUGAAUGUGCCAUGCUUCUACAAACGCACGACUAAACGGACGUCAGCAGAGCUGCAUCUACAUCCCAGCCUAAUAU